AUGGCGAAGAUUUCAGACAAGCUUGUCUUGAGGGCGCUGGAGUCUUCCGAUCAUGAAAAGAGCUUCCUUCCUCUGCUCGCUCAGCUCACCAAAGCUCCUGAGAUCCCCAAAGAGAGAUGGAACGACAUCUUCAACAAGAUGCGCAGCAGCGGAAGCUACUUCACUGUGGUGGUGGAGAACACGGAGGAACGUCGGAUAGUAGCGACUGCUACUCUCCUCACCGAGUACAAGUUCCUCAGAGGAGGGGGACUGGCUGGCCAUAUCGAAGACGUGGUAGUGGAUGCUAGUCUGCGGGGGAAGAACGUGGGAGCUCGGCUGAUGGCUGCGCUGCAAGACAUCGGAAAAAAAGUCGGGUGCUACAAGGUUAUCCUCGACUGUUCCGAGGACAACGUCAAGUUCUACGAACGCUGUGGGUUUCAGAGGAAGGAAGUUCAGAUGGCUGUCUAUUUCCCUGAGAAUGCGAAGCUGUAGAAACUG